UGCUUCCCGUCAUGCCUCGUGGCAAACCCUCUUUCCCUCGCGGAGCCUGCUGGGACUUGUAGGCCAGGCCUGGUUGCCGGUCGACCUCGCUGCUGCUUUUCCUGUCUGCCCUUGGCUUCGCCAUGUUCCCCAUCGGUCGUUUUCUCGCCCGCGCUUUGGUGUUGGGGUCCCGGUCCCCGUCCCGUUAUUAUGCUGAAGCGGCAGCAGCUGCUACGGGCCCUGCACAGCUGGCCUUCACCUUCGCCUCGCCCGCUCAGAUUUUCUACAACGCUGCCAUUGUGAAACAGGUGGAUGUUCCUACCUUAAGUGGAUCCUUUGGCAUCUUGGCUGCUCACGUUCCCACUCUGCAGGUCCUGAGACCUGGCGUUGUGACCGUCUUUGAUGAGGAUGGCUCCUCCAAAAAGUACUUCGUGAGCAGCGGUUCUCUCACUGUGAAUGCAGAUUCCUCUGUCCAGCUGUUAGCUGAAGAAGUGGCUUUAUUGGAUGAGCUCGAUGCUGCGACAGCCAAGUCAAACCUGGACAAAGCCUUGUCGGCGCUUGCAUCGGCCACCGAUGAGGUAGCCAGAGCAGAAGCACAGAUCAAUGUGGAAGCCAACGAAGCAAUUGUGAAAGCUUUGGAGUGAGCAGGAAAUUCCACCGCUGUUGUUUCAGAAGUGGCCUCCUUAAGUUCUGGACCUCUCCUUGUCCUUCCCUCUCUUUAUUUUGGUCUGUACAGAAUUUGUGAAUAAAGCCUGACACUUAACUGUUACCGAUUAAAGCAGAAGGUGAGGCCAAGGUCCUAUUUUA